AUGGAUAACAUUAAGAAAGAAAAAAGUUUUAGUUCAAGUUUUUACAAAGAAGUAAUUGAUUUAACAAUUGAUUCUUCUUCAGAAAGUAAUUUUUCAACUAUUGAAUUAGAUGACCUGGAAAUUAAUAUAAUGAAUAUAGAGGAUAUUCGAUCAAUUAAAAAUACUACAGAUGAUGAAAAACUUGCUAUAAGAGAUACCCAAUUUUCAGCUAUUCAAAUUGAAUAUCUAGCAACUUCUAAUGAAGGAUGGGGUUCUAACAAAAUCAAUUGCCUCUAUCUUAAUUGUUGUGUAAAAAAAGUUGUUCGCAAAUGUACUGGUAUUAAAAUUUGUGAAUAUACUGAAAAUGAAAUUAGAAAUUCAUCACAUUGUGAGAAUCCUCAUGAAAAACAUAUAUUUCAUAUAUUAAAUAAAAAUCAAAUCAAUAUUAAUUUACUUGAAAAACUUUUUCAAGGAAAAGAGAAUAUUAAAAAUCAAAUUUUACAAACUUGUAAAACUGUUCUAUCAAUAUCAUCACGCUUACAAUAUUGUAGUAAAAAUAAUACUAUUAGUUGUCAUGGAAAGAUUAUUCAUCUACAAAUUUAUAAUCAUCCACCACCUCCACUAUCAAAAGUUCCAACAAGUAUCCAAUAUCAAUUUAAUUCUUUAUUAGAAAAUACUUCUAAUGAAUAUGAAAAUAUAAUAUUACAAAAGAUUUUAUCUAGAAAUAUAUUAAAAGCUACUUUUGGAAAAGAAUUUUUUUCUGAAAUACAUAGUUCUUUAAAUAAUAUUGACUAUUUAAGAUAUCUUAUUAACAAAUAUCAAAGAAAAAAACAUCUAUAUAGACAAGAACUUUUGAGGAUGGUGCAUGUUCAUAGUGAAAUAAAAGAAUUUGAAGUUAAUUAUUAUUCUGAGCAAUAUAAUCAAGCACUUACAUUUGCUAGAGUUUUUAUUAAUAUUUGCAAUACAAAUACAUAUUGUAAAAUAUUUAAAUUGCUAUUUCACUAUAUUAAAAAACUAACUGAUCAAUUACCAACAUUUUAUCAUAUUCAUAACUCUGGAUGGAAAUGUAUAAUUAGUGAUUUAGAUCAAGGUCAAGCUAAAG